AUGAACCGAGAACUGAGACAUUGUUGUUUAGUGGGCGGCAAUGCUGUUUCUGCUUUCCUAUCGUGGCGUUUGCAAGCUACCAAUGCUUGCGACGUUACGUUGGUCUGGAAAGCCAACUAUCAGAGCGUCGCCCAAUAUGGCGUCUCUUUUAAAUCUCAAAUGUUCGGCAACGAACGAUUCAAGCCUCGAUACGUGGUUCAAACACCCGAAGACGCAGGCGGCCGGCAGGCAGCCUUUGACUAUGUCAUUCUUUGCGUCAAAGCCCUCCCCGAUGUGUACAAUCUUGCAGAUAUAAUCCAGUCUGUCGUCACUCCUCAACACACAUGCAUUCUUGUGAAUACUACCAAUACCUUGGGGGUGGAAAAACAAUUAGAGGAACGCUUUCCGACAAACGUCGUCCUCUCCCUCGUCUCGGGUGCAGAUUUGGUACAACUGGGUACUAGCGAAUUCGAGCACAGAGGUUCUACGGAGAUUUGGGUUGGCCCGUCCAGUCAAAAUUCAACCAUCCCUGAAGCGAUUCAACGCGACAUGUCGGAAGCACUGGCAAUGACCCUGACCACGGCGCAGGUUGACUGCAAGGUAUCCUCGAACAUCAAGCAACAGCAGUAUGAAAGGAUGAUUGGGCCUAUCGCUUUUCAUCCUACAAGCGUCGUAUUCGAAACUGCAAACCUCGCCGAUCUUGUGCGAAUGCCAGGGGUUCACGACCUCAUUUCAGACGUUAUCGAAGAGCUGCUCUCAGUAGCACGUGCCCAAAAUUGUGUUUUUCCUGCAGAUUUUAAAGAAACCACGAUUUCUAACAUGAUCGACUCAAGUCAAGAAGCCAGCACAAUGUAUCAGGAUUUCUCGGCACGACGUCCGAUGGAGGUUGAGACAUACCUAGGGGCUCCUGUCCAGCUUGCAAAAGCUGCUGGUGUGAAGGUCCCACGAAUAGAGACACUGUACGCGUUGUUGCGCCAUGUUAACACAGUCAACAAAGACCGUCCCGUCGCUUCAGCGGCUCCUCCAGCUUCACUGCAAUCUCCUACCGCAGCAGUUCAACCACCCCCCCGGACAAUCUCUCUAUCCAACCCUCCUCCCCCUCGACAGCCGAACGGCUCGUUCAAUGGCCCUCCACGCCCGAUGCGUGGCCCGCCUCCAAUGGGUCCUCCUGGAAGGCGCGGGCCCCCGCCUGUGAACGGGUUCCGAGGCCCUCCAAACAGCUUUCCUCAGCGACCAGGCCCAAUGCAACGAAGGCCGUCUUAUGACGAGAACAAUCUUGACGAAUUCAGCCAUGUCGUCUUGUAUGAUGAAAUGGCCGAUGGCGAUGGCGCACCGGCUGGUUUUGCUGAGAAUGGUGUUGGGCCGUCCCUGAGGGAACGUGAACUCAUGUUGAGAGAGCGAGAACUGCAAAUAAAACAACAAGAGAUGGCGAUGAGGAGAGGAGUUGGGGGUGGCGGUCGCAGAACUUCUCACAACCGUCAUCAGGAGUUCGAUGAUGACGAUGACGACGACGAUUUCUUCGAUCCUAUGAUGGCUCGUGGACCUCCUCCUCCUUCCAUUGAUCCAGACAAUUUCGAUAUGAUGAGCGUUACAUCAAGACGGACCAAACGAGCCCCUAGUCAAAGUCAGCUACGAAAGGAUGGUUAUGUCAAUGGAGGCCCUAUGCGGCCAGGCUCGUAUGGCCGGCCUAACAUGGGAAUGGGAAGGCACCGGACGAGCGCGUCUAUUUUGUCAGAUAUGCCUGUCCUUGGAUCGAAUAUUCUGGACAACCCUAUGAUGGGCUUCUCCUCGAAUCGCUAUGGCAAUGUCGAUCGGAAGGAAAUGGCCGACGAGUCACGAGCAAACUCUCUGACUGCAAGCCGUCUGCAAGAAAUUGGUAUGAAUGGUGGCCCGGGCAUGAGCGGCGGCCCAUACCCUGGUCCACCUAGUCGGCGGACAAGUCGCUCACCUGGGAACCCAUUUGGUCCACCUGGACGGAUACCGGGUGGCCGACCUUCACCACCGAAUGACCCAUACAUGCAGCCAGGCCCUUCCCGCAAUGGCAGACCAUCUCCUCCUGGAGGCAUGCCCGCCCCAAUACCAAGAUACCCCCCGGGACAAAACGGUAUGAUUCCCGGGCAGGUCGAACAAGCCGGCAAUAACAAACCAUUCCCGCCACCCAAAGCACCUGUAAAGAGCUUGACCGGAAGCGCCAGCGCCAGCGCGGGCAGCGGCGACAGCGGAAGCGCAAACAUCGAGUCUGAACCGUCCGCACACAGCAGUACCAGCAGCUUUGCGCAAAGGCAGAUGCUUGGUGCCCACUAA